AUGUUUACUUCUAGAAGAUUUCUAUCUACCACUAGGCAAUUGUCUAAAAUUAAGGUUAAAACACCUAUCGUCGAAUUAGACGGUGAUGAAAUGACAAGAAUCAUUUGGGCUAAGAUUAAAGAUAAAUUGAUUUUACCAUAUUUAGAUGUCGAUUUGAAAUAUUAUGACUUGUCUGUCACAUCUCGUGACCAAACUGAAGAUCAAAUCACUAAAGAUGCUGCACAUGCAAUUAAACAAUAUGGUGUCGGUGUCAAAUGUGCUACUAUUACUCCUGAUGAGGCUCGUGUUAAAGAAUUCAAUCUAUCUAAGAUGUGGAAAUCCCCAAAUGGUACUAUCAGAAACAUCCUGGGUGGUACUGUCUUUAGAGAACCAAUUGUGAUCCCAAGGAUUCCAAUAUUAGUCUCUGGAUGGAAAAAACCAAUUAUCAUUGGUAGACACGCUUAUGGUGAUCAGUAUAGAGCCACUGAUCUUGUAGUUCCAGACGCAGGUAAAUUAGAAUUAGUUUACUCAAAUGAAAAGACUGGAGAAAAGGAGACUUUGAAUAUUUUCGAUUAUAAAGGCCCCGGUGUCGGUUUAGCUAUGUACAACACAGAUGAAAGUAUCUCAGGGUUUGCCCAUUCUUCAUUCAAAUUGGCUAUAGCUAAGAAAAUGAAUCUUUUCUUCUCUACCAAAAAUACUGUUUUAAAGAAAUAUGAUGGUAGAUUCAAAGAUAUCUUCCAGGAAAUUUAUGAAUCCACAUAUAAGUCCAAAUUUGAAGAAUUGAGCAUUAAUUACGAACAUCGUUUAAUUGAUGACAUGGUGGCACAGAUGCUCAAGUCAAAAGGUGGUUUCAUUAUGGCGUUGAAAAAUUAUGAUGGUGAUGUUCUAUCCGACAUUGUAGCACAAGGUUUCGGUUCUCUUGGUUUGAUGACCUCUGUUCUUGUUACACCAGAUGGUAAGACUUUUGAAUCUGAGGCUGCCCAUGGUACAGUUACAAGACAUUACAGAAAAUACCAAAAGGGUGAAGAGACUUCUACAAAUUCAAUCGCAUCUAUCUUUGCUUGGACUCGUGGUAUCGCUAAGAGGGGUGAAUUGGAUGGUACUCCAGAUGUUGUCAGAUUUGCUAAUAUUUUAGAAUCUGCCACCCUAAAUACAGUUCAAGAAGAUGGUAUUAUGACCAAAGAUUUGGCUUUAACUUUAGGCAAGACUGAUAGAUCUUCUUACGUUAACACCGAUGAAUUUUUAGACGCUGUUGAAAAGAGAUUACAAAAGGAAAUUAAAUCCGUUGAGUAA